CUUCGUGUUGGUCCCGAAGAAAGAAAGAAAAAAAAGAUCGUAAUUCCGAUUUUAUCCUUCUAGAGAAAGAGAGAGAGACAAAGGUGAAGGCGUUUUCUUCUUCUUCUUCGUUCCUCCAUUUUCUACGAAAUCAAUCAUCGAUCAAAAGUGGUUUCAAUCGAUGAGUCAAAACUAUGGAAUGGAAAUGGAAUGUGAAUCGAUGGAUUUGGUGAUAUGGUGAUGACGCGAUCUUCUUCUCGGUGAUUGAGAUUUGGAAGCUCAGAUUCUUUUUUUUUUUUGUUUUGUUUUCUCGAAGCUCGGAGUUUUUACUUUUAUUUUUUAAUAAGAAGAAACAUGAACGGUGGUGGUGACGGUGGUGCUUCCUCGGCCGCUACUAGUGGUGGCCCUCCUCCGUCUCUAGAGUGGAGAUUCUCUCAGGUCUUCGGCGAGCGAACCGCUGGAGAAGAAGUCCAGGAAGUUGACAUUAUUUCAGCCAUUGAAUUUGAUAAAAGUGGAGACCAUCUUGCAACUGGUGACCGUGGGGGCCGAGUGGUUCUUUUUGAAAGGACUGAUAAUAAAGAUCAUGGUGGGUCCAGGAGAGAUGCUGAGCAGAUGGACUACACAGUUAGGCAUCCUGAGUUUCGAUAUAAAACAGAGUUUCAGAGUCAUGAACCAGAGUUCGACUAUCUCAAGAGUUUGGAAAUAGAGGAGAAAAUCAACAAAAUCAGGUGGUGUCAGCCAGCAAAUGGUGCAUUGUUUCUGCUUUCCACAAAUGAUAAAACCAUCAAAUAUUGGAAGGUACAAGAGAAGAAGAUCAAGAAAAUUAGUGAAAUGAAUAUUGAUCCGUCGAAAACUCCAGGUCAACCAAGUUCAAGUAGCCCUCCUCUACUAGUUGCUAAUGGAGUAGAUGCCGAUCCAGCACAUGGCUACAUGAGCAAUUUUUCCUUCCCGCCAGGAGGGAUCCCAUCUCUGCGUUUGCCUGUGGUGACUAGCCUGGAGACGAGCCUUGUGGCUAGAUGCCGAAGAGUGUAUGCACAUGCUCAUGAUUACCAUAUUAAUUCAAUCUCAAAUAGCAGCGAUGGAGAAACCUUCAUUUCGGCUGACGAUCUGCGCGUAAAUCUCUGGAAUUUGGAAAUCAGCAACCAGAGCUUCAACAUUGUCGAUGUUAAGCCCACAAACAUGGAGGACUUGACUGAGGUUAUUACAUCGGCUGAGUUCCAUCCAAUCCAUUGUAAUAUGCUCGCAUAUAGCAGCUCAAAAGGCUCCAUCCGUUUGAUUGAUAUGCGGCAAUCAGCUCUGUGCGAUUCUCAUACUAAAUUAUUUGAAGAACCGGAAGCACCUGGUUCGAGAUCAUUUUUCACAGAGAUAAUUGCCUCAAUUUCAGAUAUUAAAUUUUCAAAGGAUGGGAGAUACAUACUUAGUCGCGAUUACAUGACCCUCAAGCUGUGGGACAUAAACAUGGAUUCUGGCCCGGUUGCAUCUUACCAGGUUCAUGAACAUCUGAGACCCAAGUUGUGCGAUCUAUAUGAAAAUGACUCCAUCUUCGAUAAGUUCGAGUGUUGUCUGAGUGGUGAUGGACUGAGGGUAGCAACAGGCUCUUACAGCAAUCUAUUCCGUGUAUUUGGAGCUUCUAAAGGAAGUACUGAAGCUGCAACUUUGGAAGCUAGCAAAAACCCGAUGAGGAGGCAAAUCCAGACACCUGCAAGACCUUCCAGAGCUAUUAGCAGCAUGACACGUAUGGUUAGACGAGGAUCAGAGAGUCCAGGAGCAGAGGCGAAUGGGAACGGAUAUGACUUCACAAAUAAGUUGCUGCAUAUGGCUUGGCACCCAACAGAGAACUCAAUUGCUUGUGCAGCAGCAAACAGCUUGUACAUGUAUUAUGCAUGAACUGGAGAGAGAGAUGGAAGAAGAAAAAAGAACAUGGAACCAGCUUGCUCCAAAUUUAACUUUCCUUUUCUCAUUUUUUUUCAGACGCUCUCUCUUUCUCUCUCGCUUUCUUUUAACUACCAAAGUGAUUAUGUAACCAGAAAAAAAGGUGUAGUAGUAACAGAGUUAUGCUGGGUCCAAGACCAAAGCCUGACCAGUCACUGCAACGAAGUUCAUGGAAGAAGCAACAGUAUAUUAGACGGUAAAAAAUGUUGGGUUGGGGAAGAAAAGAAGAAUGAGACCUUUUUACCGUGAGGGUAAUUUUCUCAAAAUAUCUGUCCUACUUAGGUUGUCUUUUUAGUUUCGGAUCUAUUGCACUUUUUUAAGAAGAAACAGCUUAUGGUUAGUGGGAUUUUCUUUUUUUUUUAGUAUGAGACGAUGGGAAGGGUUUGUGUUUCAAAUUUGUUUAUUGAUUCUUUUGUCAUAUCUUUUUCUUCCUGAACACACCUUAUGCUCUCUCUCUAUGCCUCUUUUUCAAUUGUAUUUUCAGACACCCUGAUGAGAUUUUUACCGUUGCCCACAAUAAAAAAAAAAGUUGUAUC